AGCUCAAAAGAACGAAAGAAACUAGCGGCGAUGUCCGAAGUGUCGAAACUGGAGAAGACGCUGCGCAAGCAAACGUCCAGCGCCGACGUCGAGCCGUCGAAAGUCGCGUCGACAGCGGAGCGCAUCCUCACCCUUCAGCCGCACAACAUUUACGCCAUGCAAUGCAAGUCUGUCGCCCUGCUGCACACUGGCAAGCUCGCCGCCGCGCUGCGUGUGUUCGAGGAGCUGGAGAAGGAGAAGACGCCCGUGACGGCCUCCGCCACCUUCUUGUUCCACAAGGCGUACUGCCACUAUCGGUUGAUGCAGUACGGCGAGGCGAGGGCGGUGCUGACGAGACACCAAGGCACCGCCACAACUCCGAUGCGCCACCUGCUCGCGCAGAUCCACUACAACUUGGAGGAGUACGCAGAGGCGGCUGCCAUGUACGCGGCGCUCGUGGCGGAUGGUGCGUGCGCCGACGACACGGAGAAGCAAGAGUUGCUGACGAACUACACGGCGGCGCUGUCCGCCUCGGACCCGGCGAAGGUCGCUGCGGUGGUCCGUGACGAGGCGGAGGAAAAGACGCCCGACCUGCUCUUCAACCUCGCCGUGGCGCAGCUGGAGGCGCACCACUACGACGACGCGCAGGCCACCCUCCUUCAAGCGGAACGGCGGUGCGCGAACAACUUUCCGCAGAGCGCUCUUCACUCCCUGCAGGAGGCACUGGCGGCGGAGCCAGAGACGUUGCAGGCACGGCUCGGGGUGCCGCUGGUGGCCUCCACGCACACCGGCGUCGGCGACCCCGCCAGCCGGCCCUCCGCGGAGCGGCUUUUCUUCAACGAGGUCAGCAGCAACUGGGUGCAGCAGGCCUACGUGUGGUUUCUGUGCCACCGCGAGGCCGAAGCGCAGCGGGUCGUGGAGCUUAUUUUCAUCUACAAGCCCGCCUCUGCCGUGACGACCGCGGUGGCCUCCCUCCUCUGGACUGCGCUGCACCGUGGCAGCGACCUCUUCGACUCCCAUCGCAAGCUGAAGACGGCGCAGCACGUCAAGGUGGUGGCCCGCCUCACCGCGCGCCAGGUCAUUGCGGUGCAGUACAACACGGCGCUGCUGCAUCUCAGCACGGGCGCGCUGGACCGCUGUGCGCGGACGGUGCAGCAGAUGGAAAAGUCGUUCCCGCACAGCGAACUGACGCAGUCGCUCCGCCUUGUGCUGGCGGUGCGGGAGCUGAAGAAGAAAAAGGGAUCUGCGGCGUCGGUAGCAGGCGACAACGUCAGCGCCGUGCAGGAGUGUGUGCGCCGCUACGAGGCUGAGGCGACGGCUCGGCGUGGCGCGAACAGCCCUUCUGAGGCGAGCCGCAAGAAGCAGCACCGCUUUAUUCAAAUGAUCGCUGCACAGCUCUUUCUCGAGCAGGGCGAUGUGGCGCACGCCGUGGAGGCCGUGGAAGGGAUGGAGGACGCCGCUUUUCUGCAGCGCCCCGCCACGGUGGUCACCCUCGCCGCCUGGAAGACACAGAGCGGCGACGCGGACGGUGCGACGCGGCUGCUGAAGCAGCGCCUGACGGCGACGUCCGCCGCAGACAGUUACUCGGUUGACGUGAAGCGGGCCAUCUUGUUGUGGGCCGUGCACGACCUUGCCGUGAGCCGCGGCUUCUACGCAGAGGUGGGGCAGCUGCUGAAGGCGGUGCAGUCUGCCGAUGUCUCCCUCGCACGCGAUCGCGACGUGGCCGCGCUGCUCGUCGUCUGCCUGGCGGAGUCGAACGUGGUGGAGGCAAAGCGACACAUGGCGGCGCUGGACGCUGCGGCGGCGGCUGUCAUGUCCGGUGCAGGGAGCAGCGGCAGCACCACCGUGGCACCGUCGGAGCAGGAGGUGCACGCACGCAUCCGCGAGCAUCCGGGUCAGGCCGCCAUGAACGAACUGGGCUACCGUCGUGUCACGGCUGCUGACCAAGAGGAGGUGGCGGCGGAGGGCGACGCGGGUAAGCAGCAAAAGACUGGCGGGCUGCCAAGUCGUCGCCGUCGUGCGAUGCGGCGACCGGCGAAGAACAUGGAGGGCAAGCCCGACCCGGAGCGGUGGAUUCCAAUGUCGGUGCGCUCCUACGUCAAGGAUUUGCCGGAGCGCCGCAAGAAGGAGUUGAAGCGGCUGCGCGCGAUUGAUCAAGAGCAGAAGCGCCGCGCCGCCGUGGCACGUCAGAAGAAGGCCGCCGAGGACGUCGCGGUAGCUGAAUAA